AUGCUGGAGUCAGUAACUCAGAGCACAUUUCUGCCAGACACAAUGGUUUGUGAUCCCCUGAUGUCUUCGACAGGACUCUUUGGGACAACCAAAGAUGUCUACACUGCCUGUGAUCAUCAAAGAGACUCUGACAUAGCCAGGUGUGUUCACGUCUCAGGGUUUAAAACACAGCAUGCACACUCCAGGUGGGACCUACAGAAUUCUCAUUUGUGGGGAUUUGUAAGGGAUCUGCUCCUUUCUCGAGAAAAUGGUGGCAUCCUGAAAUGGGAAGACAGGGGACAAGGCAUUUUUCGUGUCAUUAAAUCAGAAGCUCUGGCAAAGAUGUGGGGACAAAGGAAGAAAAAUGACAGAAUGACGUAUGAAAAAUUGAGCAGAGCUCUCCGUUACUAUUAUAAAACGGGCAUUUUGGAACGAGUGGACAGAAGGCUGGUGUACAAGUUUGGAAAGCAUGCCCAUGGAUGGCAGGAGAACAAGAUGUGAAUUUCCUCAUGUUUCCUUCUCAGUACAGAAUG